CCUAUGCUGCACAGAAACAAAACGAAGCACACCACACCUGCUCCCAAUCUCUGAAUAGUGCUACCUCAUCCAUUCGUAUUAGUCCCAUUGCGUGUGCAGCUCCUCCAGAUCGACUGUGUUAGGAGUGCAAGCACGUGUUUAGCCCAUGGAUGAUAAGAAGGAGAAGGAGAAGGAGAAGCACGAAGGGACCGAACAUGAGGAGGAGGAAGAGGAUGAAGAUGGUAACAAGCGCGCCGUUGUGCUUGGCCCCCAAGUCCCCCUCAAGGAACAGCUCGAGCUCGAUAAGGAUGAUGAGAGCCUCAGGAGGUGGAAGGAGCAACUCCUUGGACAAGUUGACACAGAGCAGCUCGGAGAAACUGCGGAGCCAGAGGUCAAGGUGUUGAACCUGACAAUUCUGUCGCCAGGCCGGCCAGAUCUAGUCUUGCCCAUCCCAUUCCAGGCAGAUGAGAAGGGCUAUGCAUUCGCACUAAAGGAUGGCAGCCCCUACAGCUUCCGUUUCUCCUUCAUCGUGUCCAACAACAUCGUGUCGGGCCUCAAGUACACCAACACUGUUUGGAAGACCGGAGUUAGAGUGGAGAACCAGAAGAUGAUGCUGGGAACGUUCAGUCCCCAGCAAGAGCCCUACAUCUACGAGGGCGAAGAAGAGACUACCCCUGCUGGCAUUUUUGCAAGAGGUUCCUAUUCUGCUAAACUAAAGUUUUUUGAUGACGAUGGCAAGUGCUACUUGGAGAUGAGUUACUACUUUGAGAUAAGGAAGGAGUGGCCAGCGACCCAAUGAUGUGGAGCAGAACUCGCUUGUUUAAAUAUAUUAGAGCUCAUAGCAAAGCAAAGCAGGAGAUGCGCUAUUUCUUCUAGAAUGAUUGGUUCACCAUGUUGUCGUUUUUAUUUGUUUUGAGUGUGUCAUUUAACACUGUUCGUUGCAUAAUAUUGUUUAUCCAAUUAUAUAAUCAGUCCUGUAUUCUGAUACACAUAUAUAUUUAUGCAUUGAUAAACU